AUGAGUAGAACACCGUGUAUGGGCACAGGGUUCAGAGUGGAAAAGUGCAAGUGCAAGGUCAUUCGCGCUGGCUAUCGUACAGAGGACACAGACAGUAUCGUGUUGUUGGAGAGCAACAGCCUCUGCCGUCUGCUGGAUCUCAACAAAAGGACGAAGACUAACCCCGUGGUAGGUCUCGUGGAAAACGUGUACGAUUCUUGUGCUGGAUAUAAUUUAAGAUACUGUCCUAUCAGAGGUUUUGUAAAGCAUAAUGAAACAUACUUCAGCAACACAGUAAAGGAUUUGAUAAUAAUCAUCUGUUUUCUAUUGGCAAACUUCGUUGUUUUCCUCAACAUAGUCAUGAAGAUGAUGGUUCACAUGUACUUCGCGGUCAUAAUGUGUGCACAGUGGAUAAGGAGGUCUUUUCUGACGAAAUUGGACAUCAAUGAAGAGAAUUUACCUCCAAAGUGUGCACACUUGUACUACGACUAUUCUCCGCCCAUACCGAAGAAAUAUCUAUGA